CGGGGAUGGCGGGUUGCAGCCGCUCCCCCCCACCCCCCCGACCCAGCUCCCGGGGCCCAAUCAUAGCCUUCCAUGUGCGGACUGGAGCCGCCUUGACAGUUACUGCUGACUGUUGUUAUUGUUUUCCUGUCGGUGUCAGGUGUUCUCGGCACUCGGACCGCGGAGCCCACCCUGACACACAGCCCCUUGUGUGGCUCGGGUGGGACCUGGGGUCCACACCUGGUAGGGGGUCCCCCCGCCGGUCCCGGUGUGGCCGAGCUGUGCCGGCUCCUCUGAUCGCUCCUCUCCGGUGACACCUGCCAGACAAGCUCUUGCAUUUCUGGAGGGCGCGGCGCAGCUCCCUUUAUGAAGGGGUCGUUUCCAGCUAUACCAUCCUAACAAGUUAAAAGAAAGAUUGCUAAUAGAUUUGUGUCAAGAUUGAGCACCUACAAAUUAGGUGCAAGGAGAUUACAUAUGAAGAUAAUUUAUUAAAACAACAAGUCAUGAAGAAAACUUCCAAGAGGAGUAAUGAGUUGAGAGUUUCUGUUACCCAGUGGAAAUCUGUGGAUGCAGAGAAGGAUAAAAAUGAGAGUCAAAGAACCUUUGCUCAACGGCUACCUCCAGAAGUCGCUUUAAAGAUUUUUAGCCAACUGGACAUUCAAAGUUUGUGCAGAGCUUCUGUCACUUGCAGGAACUGGAAUGAUACAAUACACAAUAGUGACUCCCUAUGGAAGCCUCACUGCUUGUCUUUAAGAACUGUGUGUCAACGAGAAAUAGAUGAUGAUCUACAAAGUGGUUACUCCUGGAGGGUAACACUACUGAGAAAUUACCAGAAGAGUAAAGUGAAACACCAAUGGCUAAGUGGCAGAUACAGCAACAUAUCCUCUUCCUUUAGCCUACCAGAGACAAUCAUGUACCCAAUGGACGCAGAUACAUGGGGGGAAAUUCUAGAAGCAGAGCUGGAAAGAUAAGUGAAAAAAAAAAUCACACAGUCUAAAACCAAAAUAACUCAGCUGCAAAAAGUGGUUUUAUUUGUUCAUAUUUCUCUCUAACUCUAAAAAAUUUAAGAACAUUUAAAAGAGGGCAAAGAAAGCAGAACAUUAUAAAAAGGAAAGCUUUAUUUCUAUUUUGCACUUUAGUAAAAAGAAUUCUGGUUUUGCUGUACUGAAAAAUCAUGAAAUGUUUUUCUUAGAAACAAUAUACUAAUAGAAUGAUUUCAAAAUGUAUUACUUUAUACAUUUAUAUUAGUAUAUGGCAUUACUUUAAAUGAUAGAGUUUAGCAUUUUCUGGUUAAUGAAAAUUCAAACACUUGAAAUUGACUUAAAUAAGAAAUCAUAAUUAGACUUGUGAGAGAAGUGAAAAUAAUAGACACAUGUUUGUUUAAACAAAUAAAAAUGUUUAUAUCCAUAACUUUAAUAUUUUCCACUUCAUGGAAUCAAACUGGAUUGAUUAUCACAUAGUUAAACUAUAUAACUGUGUUAUAACUGUGACUUUUUAGAAAUUAAUCUGAUUUUAGAGCUAAAGCUAAACAGAUUAAAAUUUCCAUUACUUCCCUACAAACCUGACACUAUACUAUGGGAGUUGCCACAUAAUAUGUUUAUCUCAGGGGAACUUUCUGCCAUCUUUAGAGACUCUAGUGAAAUCUUCAGAGAUAUCAAAACAAAGGUCUUUUUCUUUAUUUUUCCACAUUUACAAGAAAAAGAAAUUAUUCUAGAGGACCCUUCACACUUGACUUUGUUAAAGUUUAUGACUCUCCAGGAAUCUGAAAAGUUUUUCCAGGAAACUGAAAGCUUUUAUUUAUUUCAUAAAAACAGAUAAAUCCAAACUGUUCAUUCUGAAUCUAGUCAACACCAUCGUCAAAAGUGUCUAUGAAAUAUUUUAGUUGGGAUGGGAUUUUCUUCCUACAAUGUGCUCUGUAGCACAAAACAUGAGUCUAAGCAAGACAUAUUAACAAACAACUACCAGAAAAAUGGCCCACCACCUACAAAUUCUCUUUGUUGGAUCAAAUAAACAAUGAUUCUUACCUACUUUCUUCUUAGAAUUGGAAGAAAACUAGAAAAAUCUGGCCGUUCACUUUUCCCUACCUCACUGAGUCGCUCGUGCUGCUAAGCAGUCACCAUUUUGUACUUUUCUCCAUCUCUAUAUCCAAUCAAGAAACAGUUCUUAGUGAGUUUAUUCCCCAAAUAUUGAGAAAUAAUUCAAUCCUUCUCUGUCUUUCUCUCUGCUACAUUACUGAAUUCGGAUCCUUAUAUUGAGGUUAUGAUUACUACAGUCAGUAACUUCUUAAUUGUUAUUCCUGCCUCCCCAUUCCUUCCUUUUUACUAUCAACAGUGUAAUCUUUCCAAAACCCCCAAAUUAGCAAGUCCCCUAUUUUAA